AUGUCAUCCCCUCCCACCCCCUCCCCCUCUAUUGUCCCCCCCUACAACCGCACAACCCUCACCCGGCUCCUCACGCGCCACUACACCACCCUCUCACAAAUGGGCUACAUCCCCCCCACCUCGAUCCUCCACCCCCCAGCGUCGGGGUGGUCCGAUUCGCGCCUCAACACCUCCGCUCUCCGCCUAAUCGGACGCAACGAGACGGUCAUCGAGCUGCUGAAACAUAUUCCUUAUCUGGAUAAAGAAAUCCAAGUCUGGCCCGAGACGGAGCACCUCUCCUACCUAGACCGGAAAUGGGAGUCCCCCACCACGAUCAACGAGAGGAUGGGCGAGGAAGGGGGGUUGGUGAAUAUCUACCCCUUCUCCCCGCACAAAUCCCCCUUACCGGGAAUGGUAACCCUGACCCACGGCUGGGCGGGCGUAUGGUGGGUUAUCGACACCGACACCGGCUUGGUGUGGCCGAGUGAGAGUCAUUGGAAGGUUCAUGCGAAGCCGGACGAGCCGGAGUGGAUGUGGUAUGUGCCCGUGGGGAUUGAGGAGUUUUUUGAUCUGGCUUGGAAGAAACUUGUUGGGUUGGAAGUGGUGCCGAUGCAUGGGUUUAGGAGGGAUAGGAAGGGCGGGGGGUGGGAUUCGGUGGAGGAUCAGGUGUGUUUUGCGGGGGAGCAGGAGGGGGUGGCUGUCAAGAAAGUCUUCCUAGAAUGCGGAUGGCCAGACUUAGAAAACUUUCAGAGUGAAGAGUGUGUCAAGUUGGCGGGGGAGGCGAGGUUGAGGGUCGUGGAGGGGUGGAAGGUUAGGUGGUUGGAGGGGGAUAUAAAGGAGGCGGAGGAAAGGGGGGAUGUGGAGGAUAGGGAAAGGUUGGAGGAGAGGUUGAGGGUGGUGAGGAGGGAGUAUGCGUUUGAGUGGGAGGGGGGUGAGGGGGAGGAAGGGUAG